GAUUCUUUUGGUCCAGUAGUUGCAUGUUACUAUGCGCUUGCAAAAUCUGUCACAGCUCUUCUUCACUACCUUGCCAACAGGAGCAACGCUCACACGCACCCUGUUUGUCGAUCAUUUGUCGCAUUGGAUUGGUUAGACGGCGGGAAUUUAGAUAUUCAGACAGCUAAACCAUCGCCCCUUGGCUUUUAUGUAAUACAAAAGCGAGGUUACAUUUAUUGGCUUGUUUGAGUCAGAGUUAUUUAUUUCGACUUUUAUUCCAGUCCGUUUUUUUUUCUUUUCUUGCCAACGCGGUUUCAAGUUUCUGCCAACGUCAGCUGUUUUUGUGUGUGUGUGUGUGUUUUUGUUUUUUUUGAAAGACAACAAGAAGCAGGAUGUUACUUAACGUUAGAUUGGCAAAUGGAGCGCUUGGCACAGCUUUUGCCAGCCUCCUUUUACGCGGGCACUGCGAUGAGAAUCAGUUUCACUUUCACGAUGGGAAUACUCCAGAAUCAGCUGGAUCAUGACUACACAAUCUGUAUCCUUUUUCGUGUGUAAUGUAGGCUAUUGCCUUGUGCUGCUCUUUGGGUUCAGCAUCCCCCCUCUGCGUGUGGGAUGACAACAUGGAGCAGCUCGAAGACGAACUCACAUGCCCUAUCUGCUGUGGUCUCUUCGAGGACCCGAGGGUGCUGCUGUGCUCGCACAGCUUCUGCAAGAAAUGCCUGGAGGGACUCCUGGAGGGAAACAGAGGACCAGCCUUCAGAACACCUUUCAAAUGCCCCACAUGCCGCAAAGAGUCGCCUCACAACGGCGCAAACAGCCUGCAGAUCAACUACUCUCUGCGCGGGAUCGUGGAGAAAUACAGCAAGAUACGGUUCAUGCCUAAGAUGUCUGUUUGUAAACAACACUGCGGACAGCCUCUCAAUAUUUUCUGCGCCACGGACUUGAGGCUCAUUUGCGGGUUUUGCGCCACAACGGAUGACCACAGAGGGCACAAGUUCUGCUCCUUGGAGGAGGCGUUUGAGCGGGAGAAGGAGGCAUUUGAAGAGCUGCUCCGCGGAGUGGAGAGUUGGCAGAGCGCAGACAUCGUGUCCUGCCUGGAGACACUGCAAGCCAGUAAGAAAAACGCGCUUCAGUCGGUGACGAAGGACGCAGAGAAGGUAACAGACUACUUCGACAAGCUCGUCAGCGCCCUCGAAUGUAAAAAGAACGAGAUCCUCUCCGAUUUCGAAACGCUGAAGCUGGUGGUGUUGCAAGCGUACGACCCGGAGAUCACCAAGCUGAGCGCGGCGAUGGAGGAGCACAGGCGGGCGCUCGGCAUCGCGGAGUCGUUCAAGAGCGUCUCGGACCCCCUGUGCUUUCUGCAGCAGAUGCAGGAGUUUCGGGAGAAGCUGGGGGUCCUUAGGGAGACUCCUCUGCCCUCUCGGAAAGACACGGACGUCGGUCCACUCGUGCGUAAUUUCGAUGUUAAAAAGUGGGACUCGCUGAGGCUCAGAGAAGUCGACAAGAUCUCGGUCCCCCACGAGAAUGGCUCUUAUCGAAUUGGGGGCUCGCGGAUGUCAACAGCCAGAUGGAUCAUCCUAUUUGUCAGUGUAGCCCUGUCAACAUCGCUGCUGCUGCUGCUGCUGCUGCACAUCCCCGCAUCCUCCUCAGUGUCUUUGCAGAUAGAACCAUUCCUCGCUGCAGCCUCCUCGCACGUCGCCUUUACUGGUGUGUACCUGCGGGAUAUGGCUGACAUGUACGUACGAUUAAUGGGUGCAGGUCAGGAAUGCAUCAUGAACUUUAUCGGCGACACUGUCACUUUUAUUGGCAGCUGUACGUUGUUUUAAUCACAAGCCUGCUGUGGCAUCUCCUCUAUGCACUCACAGCUAGAUUACAUAACUGAUCCGUGUGAUGCCUUUAAGUAUUAACAGUCUUCUUUAACAUUUUUUUUAAACCAUGUUUUUUGUUGUUUUUUAAAAUUUUUCCACAAAAUGUUCAACCUCAUUGAGUCAUAGAAUACUUUUUUUUCCACAGAUGUUUCAGCCACCUUUUUUUUCUUUUUCUUUUUAACACCACUACAAACGACAUUCCGUUUUUCCUCUUCCUUUUUUGCUGAUUCUCUGAGAAAUAACGAGGACAUCUUCACUUGUCUACGUGAUCUUGAUAAAUAAAACAAGAAAGUCAAGUCACAUCCAUGUUUGUUUCUUAUUUAGUGACACCAUCAAAGAAUGUAGGUAUUUAAAAGGAGAAGGAAUAUAGAGUGUGAUAAUCCCCAGGCCUCUUCCCCCACAGAGCGCAUCCGCACCACGGUGAUGCUGCAACCUCUUCAAGGUUACACACGUUGCAUAACAGGGCCCGUGUGCAAUAUCCACCAGGCUGCAGACACGGUGUAAGAAGAAAAAAAAAAAGAAACAGAGCAUCCCCCCCCUGUGAUUCUUAUUGCCACACAACUCUUUAAGAUGAUGCUUUAUUUCAUUUAUCAGCGAUAAUAAAAGUGGGUACUUGAUCGA